AUGCUCUAUCCACUGAUGCUUCAAGCGUUCAUCGUCGUUGUGCAUAUUGUCCCCGAGGCCCGUUUCCUUCGACCGAACGUCAGGGGCAUAUACACACUGGAGGAGCAUGUCUACGGACAUGAGAUAGUGAUACCACGAAAAGUCACCCACCAUGGAGAGCUUAUCUCGCACAACGUGACCCACCAUCACCAUGAACAUGGGCCAGUGGUUCACUAUCGAUUAUCGGUGGCAGGCAACGAGUACCACAUCCAGUUGACUGCCGUGGACAACUUCAUUGGGCCCGGGAUCGUCGUUGAAAGACGUAAACGGGACGUGCAUGUGCGUAGCCGGCCAAAAAAUCACUCGAGCAAAUGCCAUUAUCGGGGUUUCAUUCAAGGACAUCCGAAUUCCCAGGUCGUCUUGUCCGCCUGCGAUGGUCUGGCGGGCAUGCUGCGUGGCGAUCACGGAGAGUUCUGGUUGGAACCAGUCGUUGUGUCCCCGGAAGAAGAACAAGUCCGGCUGGAAGACGCCGGCGCCGACGGACGCGAACACCGGAACUCGUCGCUGGCCAGGCCGCAUCUCGUGUUCCGUAGAUCCGCCGAGCAGCCGCAGCUCGAAAUCGGCGCCGCCGCUGCCCGCACCAGACGCCGACGUAAAAAGAAGAGAAAACUCGAGAGAAACUGUGGCACUCGCGAGCCUAGACGGUUGACGGAGACGCGGCUCGAGUGGCAGACGCAGCCUGGUUUGGUCCAGGUUCAAGGACGCGGCCGAAGAAAACACUAUCAGACGAAACGGUGGCAGCGUUCCAGGCGAUCGAUCAGUCGACCACGUCACGUCGAGGCUCUCGUUGUUGCUGACACGACGAUGAUGGCUUUUCAUCAAGACGGCGACGUCGAGACGUAUCUGCUGACCAUCAUGAACAUGGUGUCCUCGCUGUACCUCGAUCCGACCAUCGGGAAUUUCAUCAACGUCGUCGUGGUCAGGAUUAUCCUCGUGGAAGAGGAGGACGCCGAACAAGGGCUGGACAUCACUGUGAACGCAGACAGGACGCUGUACAAUUUCUGCAAAUGGCAACAGAAACUGAACCCGGUGGAUGACUCGCAUCCGAAUCACCACGACGUGGCGAUCCUGGUGACGAGGGAGGACAUUUGCUCGAGGGCGAACACGCCAUGCAGCACUUUGGGAGUGGCCCACGUUGCCGGUAUGUGCCAGCCAGACCGCAGCUGUAGUGUCAACGAGGACAAUGGGAUCACGCUCGCGCACACCAUUACCCACGAAUUGGGACACAACUUCGGUAUGUACCACGACACGGAGAAGAUCGGCUGUAGCAAGAGAGAUGGCGACACUCUACACGUAAUGACGCCGACAUUUGAGGUAGACACCAUUGGCGUAGCAUGGUCUAGAUGCUCAAGAAGGGACAUCACAAAUUUCUUAGACCAGGGAAAAGGUGAAUGUUUGGAGGACGAGCCAGCACACAACGAUUAUGCGUAUCCAGACUUGCCACCUGGCGCGAUGUACAACGCUGAACACCAGUGCAGGCUUCAGUUCGGCGUCAGGGAGGCUUCCGUUUGCUCUCCUCUGCAGGAGAUCUGCUCUAAAUUAUGGUGCAUCGUCGACGGCACUUGCACCACCAUGCUUCAUCCGGCUGCACCGGGGACACACUGUGGUAAACACAUGUGGUGUCAGAAUCAGGAGUGCGUGCCAAUAGUAGACAGGCCGCGUCAGAUAGAUGGUGGUUGGGGUGAGUGGGGCUCUUGGAGCGAGUGCUCGAGGACUUGCGGCGCAGGCGUCUCGAUCGUCGAGCGGAAAUGUGACCAUCCAGAGCCAGCUCACGACGGCAAGUUUUGCAUCGGCGAGAGGCGUCGAUACAAAAUCUGCAACACUGAACCGUGCCCCGAGGGCACGUCCAGCUUUAGAGCGAUUCAAUGUAGCAAUUACGAUGGCAAGGAGUAUAAAGGGAAGAAUUACACAUGGCUGCCGUAUUUUGAUCAGACGGAGCCUUGUGAAUUAUACUGCACCGAUACAGAGGAGAGCGUAAUCGUUCCAUGGGGUGAAGCAGCUCUAGAUGGCACACCUUGUAACGUUGGCACCAGGGACAUGUGUAUUGCUGGAAUCUGUCGAAAAGUUGGAUGUGAUUGGGCAGUAGAUUCAGAUGCCACAGAAGAUCGUUGCGGAAUCUGCCACGGAGAUGGAACUCAAUGCGAAACAACUGGAGGAGUUUAUGAAAAGAAUGAUGGUCCAGGUUAUAAAGAAGUCAUCGUCGUCCCCAUUGGAUCAAGAAAUAUAAAAAUCGAAGAGAUUGGUAACAGCAAAAAUUAUAUUGGCAUAGGAGUGCCGAAUUCUGACAAGUACUUCCUUAAUGGAAAGCGGCAGAUCACUUUAGCAGGGGAAUACGAAGUCGCCGGAACUCCAGCCCUUUAUGAACGUGAUCGUGACAGAGAAAAGGUCAGAAUUCCAGGCCCUAUCAGAGAGGACAUCGCUGUCUACUUGAUUUCCAGAGGGCACUAUCGGAAUUUCGGGUUACGUUACGAAUACACCGUGCCGAAGAAGGAGCCUGAUCGUGCACCAGAGUACUCAUGGGUAUUUUCCGACUGGUCGCUGUGCACGGCCACUUGCGGCGGUGGCACACAGACCUCGAAAGCACUCUGCAACGAAAAGAAGAGCGGGGUCGUCGAGGACCACUUUUGCGAGGGCAUCGAGAAGCCGGAAUCGAUUUUGCGGGAAUGCAAUUUGAAUCCGUGCCCAGCCAGAUGGUGGAUCGGUCCAUGGCAAAUGUGUCCAGUAACCUGUGGUGAAGGCGCUCUUCGAAAACGAUCUGUGAUGUGUGUCUCCUCGGGAGUGGGCCCAGACAGAUCAGAUCUCGCUCUACCUGACAAAGACUGUAACAGGGACGUGAGACCUGAAGAAGUCAGUCCAUGCCCUAAUUUACCCCCUUGUGGAUCAACUGAACCACCAUUAAUUGUCUAUGCAGACAACAAAGAUGCCUCUUUCUAUAACGUGAGCUCAAAUGACCAAGACGGUAUCACGAUCGUCGACGGUUUGACGACUGAGGAGCCGGAGAUUCUCGAGUUUGAUAAUGUUGUCGACGAAAAUCCAGAUAAUUCUAUGUAUAAUACUAAAUCAAAGUGGAUCGUGUCGAAAUGGAAUCAUUGCACCAAUGGAAAGAGGAGUAGGAGGGUGACUUGUUCAGUACUAGGAGAUUGCAAUCCAGAGAACAAGCCAGCUACCAUUGAAAUUUGUCAGGGUGGGAGAUGGGUCACUGGAAGAUGGGGAUCCUGCAAUGCGAGCUGCCUGGCAAGGGUUGGCAUUAAGCGCAGGGAAGUCGAGUGUCGUGACCGUGUAACGGAAUUGCUGUCCGACGAUUGCAACCCCGAGAGAAGGCCAAUCGAUACCAGACGUUGUUAUCAUAGGCGGCAGUGUGCGAACGAUAAAUCCGAAUGCAAGGAUACUAUAGUACCAGCCUCAAUGUGUGCGACAUAUAGACGCAUGUGCGACGUAUCAUCGAUCGUACAGGAGAAAUGUUGCGCAACAUGCUUCAAGAAACGAAGACAUGGUCAUCACAACAGAAGGCACAUUUUCAAUCAUUGA